GAAUAUAAAUAUCUUAUUGUUAUAUACUCUGUAAGAUUUAUUUAUACAUUAAAAUUUGCCAAAGUAGUAAAAUUUUGGAGCAGAAUUAAAAAGAGCCUUGGUAUUAUUUUUUUAACGGGAGUAAGACUAGGAGUGUUUUAUGUUUAAACUUUAAAACACAUAUACUCCGUCCCAAACUUGCCUGCCAGGUUGGCAAUCCGGCAAGUCCUCUCCCGCCAUCCGCAGCCUUUGACCGUGACCUCAUCAUGAGUUCUUGCUUCUUCCUUUCUCUGAGAAACAAAACCAGAGAGAAUGAAGAAAAAUUUGACGGUUGCUUCUUGCCAGUUGGUUGCCCGCUCUCUCUAUAUAAACAUAGUUCUACUCAUACCCGUUUCCAUUCCAUCUUCAAAUCCCCACUCUCAUAUCUUGAUUUGUCGCAGAAAAAAAUCCCAGACAAGACAGAGUCUUGUUCCUGCGAGCAAUAAACCCAAUUCAAGAAAGUGAUUCUGAUGUGGAGCUCGCCCUCGAUCUAUGGAGUCUGGUAUGUGUUCUGAUUCAAUCAUCUUGAAUACCCUGUUUUAGCAAAAGUGCAUCUUUCUUGAAUAACAAUAACCUUCUUUCUUGUUUCUUGAUGGGGAUGGUGAUCGAUGACUAAAACUGACAAAUCAGAAUUUCUUGAGAUGAUAUAUGAGCAAGAAUAAAUGUCAGGUAUUAUAUAUGUACAUCUACUCAUAUCCGUUUCUUAUCUUCAAAACCCGGCCAAUUCUCAUUUCUUGUUUCUUUUUUUGUCUCAGAAACAAACCCAGACAGCUGACAGAGUGAUCUUGCUCCUGCGGGUAAACCCAUGAUUCUGAUGCGGAGAGAAUAACAAUAACCCCAUUCUUUCUUUAAUCUUGAUGUAUGUGUUCUAAUUCCAUCUUGAUCGAACAUAUACUAUACCCUCUUUCAGCGAAUUUGUAUCUUUCUUGAAUCUUGAAUAACAAUUACCUUCCUUCUUGUUUCUUGAUGUGGCGCUGCAAAGUUAAGGAUAGUGAUGGAUGACUCAAACUGAAAGAUCGGGUUGCUUGAGAUGAUCGAGCUGUGGCAGAAAUUCUUCUUGAUGAUUCCUGAAUACAAUUCUUCUGAUGAUUCUGUCAUAGUUGCCAUGACAGAAACUCUUCCUUUCCAAAGCUGCUGCACUGAGGAGGAUUAUAUGCCCAUUGCAGAAAGCCGCCAUUCCCUUGCAAAGCUGCCGGGGGUGGAUUAACUUCAUCUCUUCAGGGGAGCAUGAUCAAUCUGUUGUUAUCAUUUACUUUGAACGUGGGAUAAGCCUAAAACUAAGGAGUUAGUUAAGGGCCUCACUCAGCACUUUCUUUACCUUUGUAAAGCCUACAAAGGCUAACUUCACUUUAAUAUACGUGGGUGAGUUUCAAGCAUUCUGUUUUUAUAAAUAUAUAGCUCGAACUGACAUUUGGUAUCAGAGCUAGAGAGUUAUCCAAGGGCCUAAAUAUUGAGGAUCAAAAACAACAAAAAAAAGGAGAAAGAGUGAAACAAUGCAGACUGCGAGUGGUAAUAGAAAUGGGAACUCUAUCUCCCAAUUGUCUAUGUUUAAAGGUUCUAAUUAUCACUUUUGGAGUUUGAAGAUGAAAACUCUCUUCAAGUCUCAAGAGCUAUGGAGCAUUGUUGAUGAAGGGUUUGAAGAUGGUCAACCGGAUGAACCAGAUCAAGCCUUGAGAGAUAAGAGAAAGAAGGAGGUCAAGGCUCUUUAUUUCACCCAACAAGCUUUGGAUGAUGAGGUCUUUCCCUGGAUUGCAACAGCAUCUACAUCCAAGGAGGCUUUGUGUGUCCUGAAAAAGGAGUACAUGGGUGACAAGAAGGUCAUUGAAGACGGCUGCAGUCCUUGAGAAGGGAAUUUGAGAAUUCCAAGAUGAAAGACAAGGAAUCAGCCCAAGAUUACCUCUCCAGGAUCACAAAUACUGUGCAGCAAAUGAGAUCUUAUGGAGAGGAGGUUAAGACCAAGCAAGUGGUUAGUAAGGU